UGCCGGGUGCAAGACCCGCCCCGAGCGUCACGGCCGAGGCCGACGGGCGCAGCCGGCACACGGCGGAAGCGCCCUGCUGGGGAAGAGGCUGGAGUAGAGUUGGGCGCUUAGGGACCGCUGGGGACAGGAGGAUGGGCAGCAGCUCUCUGUCGGAGGACUACCGCCAGUGCCUGGAGCGCGAGUUGCGGCGCGGCCGCGCGGGCGUGUGCGGGGACCCGUCGCUGCGCGCGGUGCUCUGGCAGAUCCUGGUGGAGGACUUCGCCCUGCACGGGGCGCUGGAGGACGACGCGCUGGCGCUGCUCACCGACGGCCUGUGGGGCCGUGCCGACCUGGCCCCCGCACUGCGCGGCUUGGCCCGAGCCUUCGAGCUGCUGGAGCUGGCCGCCGUGCACCUGUACCUGUUGCCCUGGAGGAAGGAGUUCACCACCAUCAAGACCUUCUCCGGGGGCUAUGUGCACGUGCUGAAGGGUGCGCUGUCAGAGGACCUCCUCAUCCAGAGCUUCCAGAAGAUGGGCUACGUGCCCAGGGACAACCACCGCCUCAUGAUGACUGCCCCACCCCCCGCCAGCCAGCUGCUGCAGGUGGCCCUGGGCUGCUUCGCCCUGCGGCUGGAGUGUGACAUCCUGGGCGAGGUGCUGGCCCAGCUAGGCACCAGUGUGCUUCCAGCUGAGGAGCUGCUGCAGGCCAGGCGAGGCAGCGUGGAUGUGGCCUCCUGUGUGGCCUGGCUGCAGCAGCGGCUGGCCCUGCCUCCCCGGGGACCCCCGGCUCUGUUCCGGGCCCAGCUGGACCUGUACCGGGGCCUGCAGGAGGACGAGGGCCCGGAGGAGCCCAGCUUGUACGGAGAGCUGUGUCCAGGCCCAGGCUCACCCCCCUCGGAGCUAGCCUGCCGGCCUCUGCCGUGGGAGCAGAGCGCCAAACUGUGGGGUGCGGGGGCCGAGGCCUGGGAGCCCCUGGGGGAGGCUGCGGUGUCACAGGCCAGCAGCCCGCCCUACACGGCCCUGGAGGAGGAGCUGGAGCCCGAGGCCUUCUCCUUCCGCUCGCUGCACCGAGAGCUGCUGAGUCGGCCUGGGGACCUGGCUGCUCCCAAGACCCCCGGGAGCCCUGGGCGGGCCAGCCCCCAGCACGCUCACGGCCCCCCCCCUGAGCCCCCUGGUUACCAGGCGCACAGCUGCCUGGCCCCUGGGGCCCUGCCCACCCUCAGCUGUGACACUUGCCGCCAGCUGCAUGCCACCCACUGUACCACCUUGCGUACCUGCCGUCUGGGCCACGUGCUGCGUGCACUGCUUGGAGACACCCAGCAGCGUCUAUGGCUGCGGCGGGCACAGGUGGACACCCUGCUGUAUGACAGCCCGGGGGCCCGACCCUAGGCCCAGCCAGGCCCCCAGCCAGGGAUUUGUCCGUUUCCGUGGUGCUUCUCUGGGCCUCAUUCCUCCUGGGGCACUGGCCACAGAGAUGGUGGCCAGGCCCCACACAAGGUCUCGCCUUCUGUGCAAAGCCCCGCCCUGGGCACCCAGAACCACGCCAGAAUGUGCUGAGUGGAGGGGUCUAGCCUGUGUCCGUGUCAAGGCCCCUGAGCCUGUCCCCAUGAAGGACCCUCAGCCUCCUACCCUUUCCCCACCCUUUGUGGCACCCAGCGUCUGCCUGUAGCUCGAGCUGCUCCCUGCAGGUUGUGCUUGGGGACACGCUGUCUGCCCCCCUUCUCCCAUGUCCAGGGGGACCUGGAGGUGACACUGAGCCCCUGGGCUCUGCCAGGUACAUGGCUGAGCUGUCACAGGCCAGCCCUAAAGGCGUACUGGCUGAGACUGGCCCCCUGGACAGGGAUGAUCUGAAGGCAAACCAGCAGGGGGUGGCGCCUGGGCAGCUGAGUGUCACUGCACUCUGGGCCCCCACCCCCGCAACCUCCCUGCCCUUCCCGAUAUGCCAGCUUUAGAGGGCAGGGGGCUGUUCUCGAAGGCUGCCCAUCACAGCCUGCCCACGCCAGGUCCAAUGGGAAAAACUGGCCGAACUCCCAAACAGCCACCCCCAAGGCCACGGCAGGCAGGUGCAGCCCCUCCUCCCUGGGGGGUCGGGCCCCAGGGGCCACUAGCUCAUACUGGACAGGUAGGUGUGUCUGCCUGGGCCCUUGGGGCAGGUGCCAUCUCCUGUGCUGUUCUCACCUGGCGCCCGGCCCCAGUCUGUCCAUCCCACCUCCAUCCUUCCCAGCACACGUGUCACAAGACAGACUUCAAAGCACAUUAAAGGACUCGGAACUCACCACAUCAGGAAAGCC